ACGCAGAGGAAUCAUUGGAGAGAACAUAAUGAAACCCAAGCCCUUCUCGUGCGCGUUGCUCACGAUCGUGGGGUUAGCUGUACUCAGGGAGCAUGGGUUGUCGUCGGCGCAAACGGAGGAAGAGCUUGUCCAGGACCAGCAGCGGCGGGUUCAGGAGCAGCAGCAGCGGGUGCAGGAGCAGCAGCAGCGGGUGCAGGAGCAGCAGCAGCAGCAGCGGCAGCGGCAGCAGCAACAGCAACAGCAACAGCAACGACAGGAGCAGCAGGAGAAGCAGCAAGAGCACGAAUGCUACACCCUAAAGCUCGAGGAGGACGAACUGGUGCGACGGCAAAAAAGCUCUUCUUGA